GACGGUUCAACUAAAAGGGAGAUAACUAAAAGUUAAGGUCAUAUUCUCUGCUACACUUUUUUAUGUGCAAUUUAAAAAUAUGUGGUACGAGAUACUGCCUUAUAUUGGCCUGAUGAUGGGGUGUGCUGUUGUUUGCGAUUAUAUAACAGUGCCGUUCACCAUGUUUAGAACGGGAGGACGUAAAAGAGAAAAUAGAGUUGGUGUAAAUAAUCAGCAUGAUUUUCGUCUAAUGGCAAGAGAUCGUUUGAUUACUGGUAGCAUCCAUAAAACACUGGGCCUUGAGGUUAUUCCUGAUGAAGAGUAAAUAAUGGAAAUAUGAAAAUAAAGAAGAGAAAGCUUUGACAGUUUUGAACAACUUAUUUCAUCAUAAUUAAGUUUUUUGGAGGGAAAAAAGUACUCAAAACAUCAACAGAAAUGAACUAUGAUUUUGUAUUGUGUAUAUAUUCAUAUUUAUAUGUUUCAGAUUGACUUUUAAGCCUGACUUUAUUGUCUUAUAGAAUAAAUAUGUAGAUAUUUCAAA